AUGGCCAACUGCUACUCUCUUCAUUUGGGUGCGAUUAACAUCAACUACUCCGAUGCACCAUGUGAAGACGUAACCCAAGCUGGCCACAAUGUGACAUGCUGCGUACGAGGCUCGACGUGUAUGAGCAACGGCAUCUGCAAGAACACCAAUGGUGAUGGGCACUACACGGCAGACUGCACAGAUCCAACGCUCCAAGAUCCUCAUUGUCAGAACCAUUGUGGUCAGUACUCAUUCUGUGUUUCUGGUGACGGUCAAGAUAGCAAGCUGACAUCGCGUAUUCUCGGUCGCGCAGGAGGACUCGCAGGCUCACAGAUUACCUACAACUCAACUUCUGGCCUUUGGGCCUGUUGCUCAUAUGACGGCGGUGUCCCCAAUUGUUCGGAACCGACCGAUGAACUGUUCGCCGCUCCUGGUCCCUCCAAUCUCAAAACCGUCCUGUAUCUCCCCAAAACCGGGACUAUUUCGUAUUCUACGUCCGCCGCCACCGCGACAUCUGUUUCGAACACGAGCACUUCUUCAGUCUCGUCCUCCUCGUCGUCGACUGUUAGUCCCGGGACCGCGGCUGGAAUCGGAGCAGGUGUUGGUGUCGGUAUAUUUCUAAUUGGUUUGGUGAUCGCCUUUGUGAUUUUCAAGCGCCGAAAGUCAACAGCAAUGACGACGACGACCAACAUCACUCCUGAUACUUCUCUCUUCUAUCAACAACAUGUAUUGCGCGAGUUGGACAAUAAGCCGGUUGUGAGUGAGAUGGAUACAGGGCGCUCAUUGCCUGAAUUAGCCUCUCAUUUUUGA